GCAAAUCGUCACACCGCACUCCGUCUUUCCAAUUAUCGCGAGUUUUUCGAAAAUGUCUUUCACACGCGCCAUUCCUCGCGCUACCAGCACCAUCGUCCGUACACAAUCAGCCGUCCUCAACCAAGCACGAAAUUUGUCUAUUACCGCAGCCCGAAAGUCAGCAGACCAUGGCGACCACUAUGAGCCACCGAGCGGAUGGUUAUUUGGAGUGAAACCUGGAGAGAAGGCCGAGAAGGAGGGAUGGGAAAAUUUAUGGGUGUAUGGGUUUUUUGGAACUUGUGCUUUUGGGAUUGUGGGAUAUGCGGUUAAGCCAGAUACCUCGAUACAAACAUGGGCAUUAGAAGAAGCACGCAGAAGGUUAGAAGCCGAGGGGAUCUUGAAGGAGCCAGAAAACAAAUCAUAAACCAUUAUACUAUUGGGCAAACAAGUUACAAUGGAGAAUCUGGAACUGGAUGGAACGCUCAAGGACGAAGACUGAUGGAGCAGGGGAGUUGUACAUACGAAGGAUUGAUGAUGGAAGGCUAUGAACAUCUUGCGGCAGAAUUCCAAGAUGUACGGGUUGCA